GAUACAAUGGCCACCUAUCGUUGUUUGCAUUUUUUUCUCCAGCCCGGUUUGGAGCAGCAUCAUAUCGAACAGCUGACCCGAAAGCUUUCGUUUUCUUUGAACGAUCUGCACCUCCGACUGGUCGCCUCUGAACUUUGCUACUACGUGUUUCUUACAGGCGACGAACCGUUACCUCCAGAUUUUAACGACAAAAUUGUAUGGCUGAUUCAAAAGCCCUUCGGAUCGCAGAAGGUGCUGCGAACAUCCGUGUUACCUUUGACGGCCGAUAAUAUAGUCCUGGAGUUCGCCGACCUUCUACAUGAUCGCAUGACGGAAUGCGAAUAUGUCCAACCGUUGCAAAUGCUCCGUUCUGCCGUUAAACCUGAAUUCUUCAGUGAGGUUGACGUCAUUAAGGGGAAACGUGAUGCUCUAAGAAAAGCUAGUGCUGAGUAUGGACUUGCUUUGGACGAAUACGACGUCGAUUUCUACUAUCAUCUCUUCGCUGAGUUGGCGAAACGCAAUCCGACUGACGUGGAGCUGUUCGACUUAGCUCAGAGCAACAGGCAGGUGUUUUAUUUAAUUAACCUUCAAGCUCUCCUUCGUUCUGUUCCCGGUUUCUUUUCGAUCGAACACUGCCGCCACUGGUUUUUCAAAGGUCGACUUAUUGUUGACUGCAUCGAAGAACCUAGUAGCCUGUUCGACAUGGUGGUCGAUACGCAGAAGGACUCAAACGCUAAUAAUGUCAUAAAAUUCAAUGAUAACAGCAGUGCGAUUCACGGAUACUCUGUUUCUUCACUUGUUCCAAGUUCUGCACCAAAUGGAUUGCAGUACCGAAUCAACAAAAACCUCAGGCAUAUCCUUCUAACUGCUGAGACGCAUAAUUUUCCUACAGGUGUAUGUCCAUUUCCUGGCGCUGCUACUGGCACCGGCGGACGAAUUCGUGAUGUUCAGGCCACUGGUCGAGGAGCUUUUGUGAUUGCUGGUGUCGCCGGCUACUCUUUUGGUAGUCUAAACAUUCCCGGCUACGAACUGCCUUGGGAAGAUCCGUCAAUGGAUUAUCCGCGGUCGCUUGCCUCUCCGUUGGAUAUCUGCAUUGAGGCGAGUAACGGGGCUUCUGACUAUGGUAACAAAUUCGGUGAACCGGUCAUCUGCGGAUUUGCCCGCUCUUUUGGGCUACGUAUUCCCAGAUUCGACUGCGGCCGCAUUGAAUACCUCAAGCCGAUUAUGUUCACGGCUGGAAUUGGCUUUGUGGACGAGAGCAAUCUGAGGAAGGCGAACCCGGUGAAAGGUAUGUGUGUUGUUAAAAUCGGCGGCCCGGUGUAUCGAAUUGGCGUAGCUGGUGGCAGUGCUUCUUCCCUGCAAGUUCAAGGGAGUAUUCAGCGUGAAAGUGAAGUGGAGUACGGUGCCGUUCAGCGCGGCGAUCCGGAGAUGGCCCAGAAACUGAACCGCGUGGUACGAAGCUGCGCCGAGUUGAAGUCGGCAAAUCCUAUCCAGUCUAUUCAUGACCAAGGGGCUGGCGGAAAUGCAAAUGUCAUCAAGGAGUUGGUGGAUAGUGCUGGAGCAGUCAUAUCAGCCGAUGCGUUCGAACUGGGAGACGCUUCCAUAACUGUGAAAGAGUUAUGGGUAGCGGAAUACCAGGAGUCAAACGCCGUUCUGGUGAACGCCGAAGAUAUGCCGUCGUUACAACGCAUUUGUGAACGUGAGAAGUGCUCGUGCUGUAAAGUCGGCAUCGUGACUGACGAUGACAGAGUAUUUCACCUGCGCUCUUUUGAAGAGCGUUCAGACGCGCUACAUUUCCCCUCGUCGUUGACCGUUGAAAGCGUGCUUCAAAGAGUACUUCGACUCCCAUCAGUAGCUAGCAAGCGGUACUUGACCAACAAAGUCGAUCGUAGCGUUACUGGUCUUAUCGCUCAGCAGCAGUGUGUUGGUCCAUUGCAUACGCCUGUUGCCGACGUUGGCGUUAUCGCUAUCUCGUAUUUUGAGACGGUUGGUGCCGCAGUCGCUGUUGGAGAGCAACCGAUAAAAUGCAUGCUGAAUGCAGAGCAUGGCGCCAGGAUGACCGUCGCGGAGGCGCUUACGAAUCUCGUUUUCGCUUCUAUAAGUUCACUAAGGGACGUGAAAUGCAGUGCAAACUGGAUGUGGCCUGCCAAGUUACCCGGAGGAGGUUUCCGGUUGCUAAAGGCAUGUAAAGCUAUGUGCGCAGUGAUGCGCGAUUUGGGUAUUGCUGUUGAUGGCGGCAAGGAUUCCUUGAGCAUGGCAGCAAACGUCAACGGCAGCAUUGUCAGAUCACCAGACACGUUGGUCGUAACUGCUUAUGCCCCCUGCCCAGAUAUCACGAAAACUGUGACUCCGGAUCUGAAAUGUCCCAAUGGAAAAGGUGUAAUUUUGCAAGUACGGUUUGGAAGCGAUUUCAAGCAUAAUUAUUUGGGUGGAUCUGCUGUUGCUCAGUGUUUCUCACAAAUUGGUGACUCUUGUCCUGAUCUGCGUAACGUCACACAGUUUCGGAACGCUUUCGACGUAACACAGGAGUUGAUACGAGAUGAAACUAUCAAAGCUGGACACGACGUAAGCGAUGGCGGUCUUAUGACGUGUGUUCUUGAAAUGGCGUUCGCAGGAAACUGCGGACUUUCUUUAAAUCUACCAUAUGCCGGAGAUUGGCUGGACUUGCUGUUUAACGAAGAGUCAGGAAUCGUGAUUGAAGUUGCUGAGUCGGUGGUCGAAGUAGUGCUCAGUUUGUAUGCCGCACGGGCUGUGCCCUGUUGCGUGAUUGGAUGGAGCAUAAAGGCACCUGAUCAAGGAACAAAUAUGAUAAACGUUGACAUACGUGAAGAAACUGUGUUUCACCAAAGCUUGGCAGUUUGUCGCAGUCUUUGGGAGGAGACUAGCUACAACUUGGAAAAACGGCAAUGUAACCUCGCCUGUGUGGAAAGCGAGAAGCGAUACAUGGAAAAUUUUGUAACUGGUCCUUCAUUCUCGACAUGGCAUUUGCCUGAGUUUGAGCAUGUCAUUCCUUACCCAGUCAAAGAAAAGAAUAUUAAUCUGGCAGUUAUCCGAGAGGAAGGAUCAAACGGCGAUCGUGAGCUGGCAGCUGCUUUUCAUGCAGCAGGAUUCACUGUAUGGGACUUGUGCAUGCAGGACCUUUUGCAUAAGAACGUAAAGCUCGACUGGUUUCGAGGCCUUGCAUUUCCCGGUGGAUUUUCGUACGCUGAUGUGUUCGGAUCAGCAAAAGGUGACAAAAAUUUAGUGGCACUGCAAAUUUCGAAAUUGUACAAUUAA